AUGUGGAAUGCACCUGAAUAUUCGGACAAUCAAUACACAUUUCCGGUAAGUUAGCUUUUGACGUUCCUAGAAAAUUUCCCACACAGGUUUACUGUUUAGAAGAUACUCUAACUUCUAGGAUUGUUUUGUACUAAAUUUAAUAUCUUCCUUUCAAAGUUAGAUUUAUUUUUUUCAACAGAGACCACCCACGAUGCCUCCGCAUCGAAAUCUAACAAUGGCGCGAAAUGUGCUCACCAACACUCUGAAAAGAAUGAAGGAAUCCACGAAAUUCGUUGACAAAAUGAAUGAAGAGCAAAGAAAUAUUGCUGCCGAGCUACGAAAUGCUUUGCAGGAAAAAAUAAUGGUGAGUUUAAAAAAAUAUUUUGAAAUUAAUAUAAGCUUAAUUUUUUAGGGCGGAACCGCUGAUCGAUUUGCUACGCCGAAACGCUUCUCAGAUUCAGCGAAGAGCCACAAAACAAAAAUUUUGAAGGUGAGUUUUCCUUACUGAUUGUCUAGAACUCGCUUUGAGAGCCACUCUUGAACUCUAAAAAAAAUAUAACAUGAUUUUUUUUGAAAAUUUUGUGUUUGGCUUUAAUUUUGGCAAUUUUUUUCGAACAAUUUCAAAAAUAAAUUGAUUAAUUUCAGAUAUACAAUUUGGACUUUGUUCAAAAAAUGGUCAUUGCUGAAAAGUCAGGCAAAAAACAUCUGAAGAAAUCGGGAAACUUCCGGAAGACAAUUCAUGGAACAACACAGUAUUUUGUUAGUGAAAAAAUCAAUUAAUGAAAAUAAUAUUUCCAUUUAGGUCAACACUUUGGUUGAUGCUCAAAACUCAUCUGCAGCUGCUCAAAGAUCCAGCGAGAAUCGAAACGAAAUGAUCUACGAUCUUCGAUCUGUCACUAUCUAUAGAUCAAUUUAG